AUGAUUAAACAACAGCAACCACAGACCAUUACAUACGCCAUAUAUGCAUAUAAUUCAAAGACGGCAGAACAAACGCAAAUGUUGAAAUAUGGAGAUUUGGAGAUAGUAUUGAAAAAUGACCAUUUCGAAUUCGUUUGCAAAGGUGGUGCAGUGAUAUCAAAUAUAAAAGAAAUUUUAUUUAUGAAUUCAAAAAUUAAAGGAAUAACGGAUGAUAUAACAUCAAUUCCACCAGAAGAACAAAGAUAUUACGCAUUAAAUGCAUUUCCUAAAGUUUUGAAGAUUGGAAGAUUUAAUUUAAAUGAGGAAUUCAUAAAAGGUUUCCUAAAUGACAUAAUGAAGAAAGCAGAUAAGGAAUAUGUUAACGAUGAGUUAGCAAAGAAAGCAGAUAUAUCAUUUGUUAACGAUGAGUUAGCAAAGAAAGCAGAUAAAACUUAUGUUAACGAUGAGUUAGCAAAGAAAGCAGAUAUAUCAUUUGUUAACGAUGAGUUAGCAAAGAAGGCAGAUAAGGAAUAUGUUAACGAUGAGUUAGCAAAGAAGGCAGAUAAGGAAUAUGUUAAUGAAAAAGAUAAUGAAAUUAUAGAAAGGGUUGAAUGGUAUCAUGAACGGACAUCGAAGAUUCUUAAAACUAAAGCUGAUACAGGAUGGGUUUCAGAAUGUUUAGACCUUAAAGCAGAUAUAUCAUUUGUUAACGAUGAGUUAGGGAAGAAAGCAGAUAAGGAAUAUGUUAACGAUGAGUUAGCAAAGAAAGCAGAUAAGGAAUAUGUUAACGAUGAGUUAGCAAAGAAGGCAGAUAAGGAAUAUGUUAACGAUGAGUUAGCAAAGAAAGCAGAUAUAUCAUUUGUUAACGAAAUAUACCAAAGUUUAGUUGGAACAAAAAAUAUUGAAACUAUUGUUGGCGACUUUUCUGUCAAUGAAGAAAACAAAUAUUUUAGAUGGGAGUUUGUACAGUCCUUAAGAAAUGGUAUACGGUAUAAACUCAUUCCGAAAAAUAACAAUGAAAUGUAUGUAGGCUAUAUAAAGAAUAAUGGCACACAAGUUAAAGUUCCAUUAGACAACAACUGCUACUUAAACUUAUAUGGAGACGAACAAAAGAAAUAUUUAAGAGUUUAUGAAAUGACGGAUAUGACAUUGUCUAACGUAGCUCCAGCACCGUAUUAUUAUGACUAUGGUGUUGACGCACAUGUAGACCCAAAAAAGCAAACAUUAUAUUUAGAUUAUUAUAGAUAUAAAAGAUAUAAUGCAAUAGAAAAAACGAGAAUAGU